UCACCCUCGGAAUAUAUUCUUUGGAACACCAAGGCCGCUUCCGGUUGACGAGGACACGUCACUUUUUCGAUUGAGGAAGGGGGACCUGUGCAAAACUCGCUCAUUUUAACCCAUUUGUUGAAAUUAGACGACAACAACUAUGUCGAACUCGGUCAUAUCGGUGAUCGCUCGGUUUCUAGAGGAGUACACCACCACGACGCCCAACAAGCUGAAAGUGGUGGACUCAUAUUUGUUGUACAUCUUGUUGACAGGAGCGCUGCAGUUCCUCUACUGUCUGCUCGUCGGCACCUUCCCCUUCAAUAGCUUUCUGUCGGGCUUCAUCUCGUGUGUUGGCGCUUUCAUUCUCGGAGUGUGUCUUCGUAUCCAGAUCAACCCACAGAACAAAGGAGACUUCCUGUCCAUCUCCUCAGAGAGAGCCUUCGCUGACUUCCUAUUCGCUCACACCGUCCUGCAUCUGGUUGUGAUGAACUUCAUUGGUUAAAACAGACGUGCGUCUGACUCAGUGUCCUCCCUCUCAGAUCACGACCGAGAACUUAUCAAAACUCCCCUUCAGGACAUGGCGCUACAUCUGCUUUUGUGCCAGAGUGACAUCCCACCAUCAACACUGAAUUAAUUACAUCUUGUCACACAAGAUACAAUUUCCCUGCAGAUAUGGAUUGAUUUCUUGUAUUCCUUUUUUUUUUUUUUUACAUUAAAAUUUGUAAAGCAUUCCCUUUUGCACUGAGAAGAAGAAGAAGAAGAAUAAAUAAAAACAACUCAAAUGGUUACCUUGAGAA